UUGGUGCUGCAACACACAUUUUUUUUUUUUUUUUUUGAGGUUGUUUUUCUUCCGCCGCACCCUUAUUCACUGUCUCCGAGGUUGCAGGGUUUCACGGCUCCAAUGGCGGCCUUCGUCCACUUCGGAAACAUGCACGAUGUGGCAUUCAAACCCCGCCUGCUUCAGUCACUCAUCAGAGAUCAUCUUCCCGACGAGAAUGGUCCCUUCUCCGAACCCUCUAAACUCUCCAAGGCCGUGGCACUCGUAAAAAAGCACUCGCUUCUCUCCGAGUCUUUCCUCGCAGACUCCACGCCCCCCAAAGUAAUCGAAGCCUGGAAAUCCGCAUUCUCUUCAUGGCUCAACCGCAUCUUCUCCCUCCUCUCCACCUCCAUGCCUGAUAAAUGCUGGGCGGGGAUCUCUCUGCUCGGGGUUACAUGUGAAGAGUGCAGUUCUGAGCGUUUUCUGGAAUCUUACUCUGCGUGGUUCCACAAGUUGCUGGCUUUUCUACAGUCACCAGCAGAUUCACAUCUAGUGAGGGUAGCGGCUUGUGCUUCAUUGUCUGAUUUAUUAAAAAGGUUAAGUGGAUAUCCUAAGAUCAGGAAAGAAUCAUCUUCCUGCGCUGGUAAAGUUGUUCAGCCUACAUUGAAGAUGUUGACUGAUGAGAACUCAGAGGCAAUAUGGGAUGCCGCAGUUCAUUUGUUAUGCACCGUAGCAACUUCAUUUCCAUUUUCUAUUCGUAGUCAUUAUGAUGGUGUUGAAUCUGCUAUUGCUUUAAAACUUCUGUCUGGAGGAUGCAGUCUUGAUAUGUCGCAGAAACUCGCCCAUUGCCUUGCACUGCUUCCAAAAUCAAAAGGAGACAAUGAAAGCUGGUCUGUGACGAUGCAGAAAAUUUUGGUGUUAAUAAAUGAUCAAUUAAAUCUAGCUUUUCAUGGUCUAGAAGAAGAAACCAUGCGUGAUGGGGUUGCUAGGCUGUUGGUCUCACCAGGAAAACAUCCUCCACCACCGUUAGGAGGCUACAUAUUGGCAGAAGAAGUUAGAAACAAGGCAUCACAAAUGACUGAGCAAGCACUGAUGUCAAAUGUCUCUACCCUUAUGUCCGUCUGUUGUCUAAUGCUUAAAAAUUCAUAUCCUGUUAAGGUAAAUGUUCCUGUUCGCCUGUUAUUGGCCCUGGUUGAGAGAGUUCUGAUGGUAGAUGGUUCUUUGCCACAAAUGUCAAUGCCAUUCGUGACUGCCAAGCAACAAGAGAACAUUUGUUCAGAACUUCCAGCUUUGCACUUGAGUAGCCUGGAAUUGCUCACAGCUAUCAUAAAGUCUCUGGGCAGUCAACUAUUACCACAUGCUGCCUACAUUGUACGUAUCGUUACAAAAUACUUCAAGACAUGUGAGUUGCCGGAGUUAAGGAUUAAGGUCUAUUCAGUGACAAAGAAUUUGCUCAUAACCAUGGGUGUUGGAAUGGCUUUAUACCUUGCACAGGAAGUUAUCAACAAUGCUUUUACUGAUUUAAGUAGUAUUGAGCAUACGAAUGGUGACAUAUUAAAUGGUUCAAAUUCAAACGACUCUGCUGGAGCAACGCAACCAUCCAGUCAUAGAAAAAGGAAGCACAGCAAUGCAACGGGAUCCCUCCAGGAGCAAGAUCAAGGUGGUGGUUUGGGCUUGGAAGUUCCCAAGAAUCGUCCAUCGACUCCAAUUUCUCUGAGAAUAGCUGCACUGGAGACAUUAGAGUCUCUUAUUACUGUGGCUGGUGCUUUAAAAUCUGAAGCAUGGAGAUCAAAACUUGAUAGCCUUUUGAUAAGCAUUGCAACGGAUUCUUUUAAGGACGGAACAGUUGGUGAAGAACUCAGUGUGCUUCAACUAAAGGAACCUGCUGCUACAGCCACAGAUUUGCAGCUAGCUGCACUGCGGACUUUACUAGCAUCUUUUCUUUCAUGUGCUCGAGGACGACCUCCAUAUUUAUCCGAGGGUCUUGAACUUUUCCGUAGAGGGAAGCAACAAACUUCAGUAACAAAGGUAGCUGAGUUCUGUGCCCUUGCUCUGUUAGCCUUGGAAGUACUUAUACAUCCUAGGGGACUUCCAUUGGUAGAUUACACCUAUGAAGAUAACAAUUCUUUGGGUGAAGUCCAUAGCAAUCUCCAACAUGAAUAUUUUGGCCGAAGCAACAGUACUCCAUAUGGUUUACCUCAAGUUCCUCCUGACUAUGAUGAAAAUCUUUGUGCUGAAUGGCUUGAAAAUGGCAAUGGAGCUGAUGUGUCAAGGGAUAAAGAUACAAAAAACAACCAAGAGCCUUCUGAAGCUUGCAGAGAUAAUGAUCCUGAAGUGCUUCCUGUGCAUGUAUCUUCUGACACAAAUAUUCAGGAGAGGGCCCAAAUGGAUUCUGAGGCUGCCACUUCUGCAGAUGUUGAAAUGAAAACUGUUGGAGAUGAAACCAAUUUCACCAUGAACAUCCCUACGGAAGCUCACAAUGAUAUAGUGUCUGAGAAGAUUCUCUCAGACAGCACUGUUCCUCAUAAUGAAGGCAGUCAUAUGGAAUCAGACCAUGGAAACUCUGUUAAUAAAGACUUGGAAUUUGCUUCUCAGAGUAAUAGCUUAUGGCAAACAACCUCAGGCUCUAAUAUUUUUCAGGAAUUUGCUUUUAAAGUCGAUGGUGACAAUUCACUGGCUGAUGAAGAUGAUUUUCCUGAUAUUGUGGAUGGAGACCCAGAUUCUGAUUCCGAAUAAGGGGGAGAUUUUGUAAUUUUUCUUAUCCAUAGGAAGCAUAAGAAAUCCUUAGUGUAGUUCAAAUUCAUUCUCUUUUUCCAUCUUUUUCCCGAAGUAAACAUUUGAAGUUUUGACCUCUGCGAAAAAUGAAAAUGGUUUUCAAACUUGAGAAACGUAGAAAAUUUGUAUUUUGACUC